AUUUCAAACACACUGUGUAAUUUGAAUGUAACAUUUUUAGUAGAACAAUACUAUAUAAGAUAGUAAAUUAAUUUCACUCUUAAUAAAAACUAUUAUUAAUUGAGUUAGAAAUAAUUCACUAAAAAUGAUUGGUUAUAUAGUAUUAAUAAUUUGUACGUUUGGUGUAUUACCAGGAUGUUUGUGUCGAUCCAAAGCCUGUGCUCCCGUCAAAUCCUUAACACUCGAGCCAUACAAGAGAGACAAUGAUUUGGUACUAAACUGUGAUUUUCAAUUCGAGUCAAACCAGAGAUGGCAAAAAGUUUAUAUGCGAUAUAAAGACCACUACUAUUAUGCUGUAGACGCCAGUACUCUAGAGGAGCGUUACAACAGUGACGUGAUAGACAGCACCAGGGUCAUUGAUCGGGUGCCACCACUAUAUAACUCGACCGUUAAAUACGGACACAUUCGCAAUGUCUUAUCAGACACACCACCAUCUGAUGACUUUGAUUGUUACGUCACUUAUUAUGAUGGAGCCGACUACUGUUGGCAAUCGUCCCGACAGGUGCCUGACCAAAGAUCUAUAAAGACCUCGAUUUUUGUGAACUAUGUAUUGAGUAAUCAGUACAGUGUCGGUGAUGACGUACAAAUCCAAUGCGAUUAUCAAUUGCAACCCAACGACACAUUCUUCGACUCGCGUGCCAUUAAAGACGACCGUAUUUUCUACAGAUAUAUCAAUAAAGACAAAUCAUUCUUUACGCCACAAACUGGUAUCGAUGCCGUCAAAGUUGAUUCCAAGACUAACCAACGAUUAUGGCUAACCAUUAAUCCAAACGAUAGGGCAAACGCUAACACUGGCGGUCAGUAUAAGUGUCAAGUGAAUUAUGUGAACCCGGAUGGUAUAGACACCAAGAUUGAGCACAUUGUACACCUUUCACUCGUCUAA